AUGAAACCUCAAAAGUCAUAUCAUAAAGGUAACACCAGAGUGCUCGCUGCGAAUGGCAGUAUAAUGAACAUAGAGUAUUCUCCCAGUCCCGUUGCUGGAAAACUUAUGCUAGAGAGGUCUCCGAAGAGAGGAGAGAGUUUCAGGAUCAAAAAAUCGAAGCGAUUCGAAGCUAACGAACCAAGUUGUUCGCGCGUCGAAAGUUCAGACAAGACGCAGGGCAUUAUCUCGAGCUCGCAGUUUGAUAGCAAUGCAGCACAGCGCAACUCCGCAUACACAAACAGAGGAUAUGUCCCCGCAAGUGGGGCCGUCGUUCAGUACACACUUAUGAAUUAUUCCAACGGGUUCGGUCAGCUCAAUUCUGCCAAUGCUUUUGUCGGCAAAUCUUCCGAUGCUGCCAAUGUCUCUCCAUUGAAUGCAAGGCCUCAAGAGACAUCGACCAACGAAAUGAACCACAUUUUUGACGAUUUCGAGCAAUUUAGUUUCCAAACUUUCCCGUCCUAUUUCAACCCCCGGGCAGCCACCAACAUGCCUCACCAAGAGAAGGUCAACAAAUGGAUCGAGAAUGUGCCAACAUUCAUCGCGUCAGGCGAGCACUGGCGAUCGGACUGUUAUGGCGUCGAACUAGAAGCCGAUUGGGAGGAACAGGAGUUUGAUCUAGCACUCUCACAGCAUCAAGACCACAACCCUUUUUCGUUCAACACUGCCGACGAGAUUCUUCAUCUCCAGGCCAAACGUUUGGACAGCUUAGUUCGCAAGCUAUACGACCUGACGCCGGAAAUACCUCUAAAUUUUCCCGCGAAAAGACGUUAG